AAGUCCUGGUAACACCAACGUGAGCAAAAGCAAAUAUGUACAUUAGGAUCCCGGAAGUCUCCCAAGUUUGGAUCCUGCUUGAGACAGACAGAUAGCAGUACUUUCUUUCCAUCGGAAAAUGUGCUGCCCGCCAGCAGCCCAGAGUGUCUGUCUUUUCCGAGCAGUACGUGAAGUCAGCGUGGCUGAGCGGAUUAUCCUCCUUCAGGCGGAGCGGCCGCGGCAGCAGCAGGUGCUUUCUUCAAUAUGGGAAACGCCGACUCCAAACUUCGCUUCAGAAAAGCUGUCAUACAGCUCACCACAAAAACACAGCCUGUAGAAGCUACAGAUGAUGCUUUCUGGGACCAGUUUUGGGCUGACACGUCGACCAGUGUACAGGAUGUUUUUGCUCUGGUGCCUGCGGCUGAAAUUCGAGCUCUGAGAGAGGAGUCUCCAUCAAACCUGGCAACCCUCUGCUACAAGGCGGUGGAAAAACUGGUCCAGGCCGCGGACUCCAGCUGCCCCACGGAGAAAGACAGGCAGAUGGUCCUGAACUGCACGCGCCUGCUCACCCGCAUUCUGCCGUACAUCUUUGAGGAUGCUGACUGGAGAGGCUUUUUCUGGUCAACUGUACCCGGUGCCGGCAGAGCCAGGAAUUUGGACGAUGAUGCUGAUGAUGACGCACAGCCACUAGCUGAGUCCCUGCUGCUGGCCAUCGCCGACCUCCUCUUCUGUCCAGAUUUCACUGUUCAGAGCCACAAGAAGAGCGGCACAAAUACAACUGAAGACGUUCGAUCCAUGGACAGCUGCGAGUACAUCUGGGAGGCCGGGGUGGGCUUUUCUCAGUCACCACCUCCAAAUUAUGUCCAUGACCUCAACAGGACAGAACUCCUGAAGCUGCUCCUGACCUGCUUCUCGGAAGCCAUGUAUCUUCCUCCUUCCUCUGAGAGUAAAAAUGUCAAUCCCUGGAUUGGCUUCUUCACUUCUGCAGACAACAGACACGCUCUGCCCCUGUUCACAUCUCUGCUCAACGUGGUGUGUGCCUACGACCCUGUGGGUUAUGGCUUCCCCUACAACCACCUGUUGUUCUCCAACCACCGGGAGCAGCUGGUGGAACAGGCUGUCCAGGUCCUGAUUGUCACUCUGGAAAAUGAACCCACGACAGCUGCUGGCACCACACUCCAGACCCUGAAUGUCUCUGCAUCCUCCUCAAUGGUGGAGGAACAGGAACCAGCUGGACCUGAUAAUCUGUUUGUGAAUUAUCUCUCCAGGAUACACAGAGAAGAGGACUUGAGUUUUAUUCUGAAAGGCCUGGCACGCCUGCUCAACAAUCCCCUGGUUCAGACGUACCUGCCCCACUCUGCCAAGAAGAUCCAGUUCCAUCAGGAACUGCUGAUUCUCUUCUGGAAACUCUGUGACUUCAAUAAGAAAUUCCUCUUCUUUGUGCUGAAGAGCAGUGACGUGUUGGACAUGCUGAUUCCCAUCCUGUUCUACCUGAACGAUGCCAGAGCAGAUCAAUCUUGUGUGGGACUCAUGCACAUCGGGGUGUUUAUCCUGCUGCUGCUGAGCGGAGAGAGGAACUUCGGUGUGCGUCUGAACAAACCGUACACUCUCCGUGUCCCGAUGGACACGCCUGUUUUCACAGGCACCCAUGCUGACCUCCUCAUUGUCAUCUUCCAUAAAAUCAUCACCUCUGGUCACCAGCGCCUCCAGCCACUGUAUGACUGUCUGCUGACAGUAAUCGUAAACAUUUCACCUUAUCUAAAGAGUCUAUCCAUGGUGGCAGCGAGCAAACUGCUGCACCUUCUGGAGGCUUUCUCCACACCCUGGUUCCUCUUCACAUCCCCACAGAAUCACCAUCUGGUCUUCUUCCUACUUGAGGUCUUCAAUAACAUCAUCCAGUACCAGUUUGAUGGUAACUACAACCUAGUGUAUACCAUCAUCCGUAAGCGGAACGUCGUCCACCAGUUGGCCAACCUGCCGUCUGACUCGGUGUCUAUUCAAAAGGCAAUUCACAGAAAAAAGAAGCCUGUGACUGGGAUUUCCAGGACCAACUCCACAGAGUCAGACUCCACAAAAAACUCCAGACUGGCAACGGCUGAGUUAGGCAUGCUCAAGGCCAGCCUGGAGGCCACCCCAGGUGAACCAUGCCGAGUCAUUAAGAAGCCGCUUGUCCAGUGUAUCAUCAGCGUCCACAGCCUGGAGCCCGAGCCCAGACUGGGUGAUGUCGUGGAAAGCAAAGCUUCCUCUUCAAACCAUCAUGCGACUGCUACAAGUACUCGUUCCUCAGGUGGAAAAAAUCUGCAUCGACAAAGGACGACGGAUGAGUCAGAAAUCUUAAAUUCCUUCAACAUGGGACACUCGUGGGCCCUCCUCCCAGUCCUCAUCCCAUCCAUCAUCAGGAAGUACCCAGGCCAACGCUGGAACUGCCAUGUGGUUCCGCACCCCUACAGUGGGGCGUUAUAUAUUACGCAAUGUUGACCCUCCAGUCUGGUACGACACGGAUAUCAGACUUUUUGAGAUCCAACGGAUUUAGGCCUUGGAGGCCUUGGAGGAGGAUGUACCAGUUUGCCUUCAUCCUACCUACCCAGCGGGCACGUUUCCUGCCAAACUCUGAAACAGAAUAAAUUAUUCACAAAAACAAACUGUAGUAGACACCAAAGAAGAAAUGCAAAAUGGUCAUAGUUACAGAGCGCAUUAAUGUUGAAUAAAUUAUUUUUGCCAACAACAAGAAAAAAAAGUUAUUUCACCAUAAUUGUAUAAAUAACAAGGGGAUGUUUUUGUGGCAUUUUGUCUAAAUCACUGUGCUCCUCUUUUUACAUCAUUCAGUCUUCUUGCCAAUGACAUGGAAAGACAUUGUAAAGGUUA